AUGCCCCAAACACUGAGCUCUGCCAGCAUGUUUACUUCUUGUGGCUUCAGCCCUCAUCACCUCCAUCCUUCCAAAGAAGAUGAUGAAGGAGGACUGAUCUUUCAAGAUGGGAACCUUACCUCAGCAUCUCUUGAUGCUUUAAUUCAACACCUUAUACCUACAGCUGACUACUACCCUGAGAAGGCCUAUAUCUUCACAUUCCUGCUGAGCUCAAGACUGUUCAUUGAACCACAUGAACUUCUCUCCCGGGUUUGUCACAAGUGCAUUGAGCAGCAGCAACUGGAUGACCCAGUGCUGGAUAAGGCACGGAUCAGAAAAUUUGGGCCCAAGAUUUUACAGUUAUUAACAGAAUGGACGGAAACCUUUCCUUAUGAUUUUCAGGAAGAAAAGAUGAUUGGAUGUUUGAAAGACAUUAUCCACAGGAUAGCUCCAUGUGAUGAG